GUUGUGGUUGUUGUCGUUUUGAUAGGAUCCGUCUCUCUCAUUCCACAAAAAGAAGCUGAAAUUUCUUAAGGAAUUGCAUAAGUGUUCCAAUUGUGUAUUAUUCAGAGUGUGACAUCUAUAUGGAUUGUUUACUAUUUUUGUAGAAAGAGAGAGGAGGUGGUUGGUGGUUUCUGCUUCUGUGCUUGGUCUCUUCACUUCUCAUCUGGGUUCAAUGGCCCAGACUCUUCACAAUCAUCAUCAUCGUCAUCGUCAUAAUACUAAUAGUGAUAAACCCAAGAGGCUCUAUCAAGUUUGGAAGGGAAGCAAUAGAUUUUUUUGCGGUGGGAGGUUGAUCUUUGGUCCUGAUGUUGCAUCAUUAUUUCUGUCAACUAUCCUUGUUGCUGGCCCUGCAAUUGGUUUUUGUAUAAGAAUCUAUCAGAAGAUAGAAGACGGUCAUGGUGGUUAUCGUUAUCCGGCACUAAUUGUGGGAGCCAUCCUUACUGUUCUGGAUUUGUUAUUUCUUUCCAUGACCUCUGGUAGAGAUCCUGGGAUAGUUCCUAGAAAUACAAAGCCACCUGAAGCAGAUGAAUCAUUUGAUGCCCCAACCCCAUCUAUGGAAUGGAUCAACGGUAGAACUCCUCAUCUCAAAUUGCCUAGAACGAAAGAUGUGAUUGUAAAUGGCCACACUGUCAAAGUGAAGUAUUGUGACACUUGUUUGCUUUAUCGUCCUCCCCGUGCUUCUCAUUGCUCUAUCUGCAACAACUGUGUUCAGAGAUUCGAUCACCACUGUCCAUGGGUUGGUCAGUGCAUCGGAGUUCGCAAUUAUCGGUUCUUCUUCAUGUUCAUAUCAACAUCAACCAUCUUGUGCAUUUAUGUCUCUGUGUUUUCUUGGGUUACCAUUCUUGAUGACCAUGAGAACGUUUUGAAUGCUAUGAAGAGAGAGAUACUGUUAGAUUUUCUCAUAGCUUACUGCUUCAUUGCUGUUUGGUUUGUUGGUGGCCUCUCGGUUUUUCAUUUCUAUCUAAUUUGCACAAACCAGACUACCUAUGAGAACUUCCGGUACCGGUAUGAUAAGAAGGAGAACCCAUAUCACCUGGGGACUGUAAGAAACCUAAGAGAUGUUUUCUUCUCCAAGAUCCCACCUUCAAAGAACAAUUUCCGAUCAUUUGUGGAGGAAGAUGACCAUACAGUGAUGGGAUCUUUGGCACCAAAUCUUGCUGAUGGUAUUGGUGGCUCAAAGGAGAAAAUUGACAUUGAAAUGGGAUCUAAGCAUGCUGAGGACAGUGGUUAUUCACUUCCUGAAAUUCUGAGAAAUUUGGAUCUUGAUGAUCUAGAAGAAAGUUUUAAGAUGAGAGAGGAAGGAGGAAGAUCAGCUUUUGAAUUCUUGUCAGUUAACCAGGAUGUAAAAGAUUCAGUUCAAAUUAGCAUCAUUGAGGAUGGAGUGAUAGAAUCUGUGCAAGAUCCUGUUGUUAAUGAUGGAGCGAGAGACUCCAAUACAAGCUUCAAUGUUGAUGUAGUGACCGAAUCUGUUCAAAUCUCAACUGUUGGAGAUGAGGCUAAUGCACUGGAGAAACCUGAUGACUUUCUAAAUCCAUUUGAAACCUGAUGUAGGUUUUGCUGUGGGAAAUCUCUUCCUUGGCUUGAAAAAUAUUGAACAGAUGUGAAGGCUGGUCUUUUUUUCUCAGUAAUUGCACUAUAUUUUCUGGUAUGGGGUCAUAAGCUUUUCGAAUAUAGAGGUUUGAGUUUAUGCUUAACAAAUUUAUUUGUACUAGGAAAGUACAGGAGAUGUAUCCAACAUUUAAUUCAUGUGUUUUGCAAUUUGUAAAUGUUAUCUCCAAAUAAUGCCGAAAACCUUUUUCAACAGGAACGAACACUCAGCGUAAAAUAGCUGAGUCGAGUUGUAGAUUGAUAUUCUCUUGUGUUUGCAAUUUCUCUUUCAAGAAUCAGAUUCAGAUUCAGGUUUUAUAUUUAUUUGGAUAGAUUCAUAGGAUCUCUGUAAUUUUUCCUAAUUAUCAUCUUGUGAUAAAUAGUAGGAUUCAUUUAUUUACAAUAUGUAAUUUCUUUCUUGUCUC